AUGACCAGCAAAACAGUUCGUCUUUACGCAAAAGGUCGCCAUCUCGGAUACAAGCGCUCAAAGAAAAAUCAAUCUCCAAAUACUUCUUUAAUUAAAAUUGAAGGCGUAGCAACAAAGGAAGAUACACAAUUCUACCUUGGUAAACAUGUCGCUUUUGUAUAUCGAGCUAAGCGGGAGAAAAAUGGUAGUAAAAUUCGCGUAAUUUGGGGUCGCGUAACUAGGUCUCAUGGUAAUGGUGGUGUCGUGAAAGCUAAGUUCCGAAAAAAUCUUCCUCCAAAGACCUUUGGUGCUUCCGUUCGAAUCAUGAUGUAUCCAUCACGAGUUUAA